AUGUUAUCGAAGCAUUGCGCAUCUCUAGGCUUCUGCGCGUGUUCAAUGGCUGCGAACGUCGAUAAAAUUGCUAAAAAUUUGCUUUUCACGCGUUAUUUAAGCAACAAUAACAAUAAAUAUACAAGCCAUAUACAAUACUGAAAGUGUGUGCAGUACAUUGCCAAUGGCGCAAGCCUUUAAACCAAGCAUAAAGUGAGCCCAAAACAUAAGAAUACAAAUAGUGAGCAUAGGGGAAGAAAAAAAAAAUGCAAAACGCGAUGCGAGACGUGCAAAAAAAUUUCGUAUAUUCACAAUUUAUGCAGAGCAAAUAAUUUGUGUGUGCUAAAUAAAUACGCAUUAUUGUGAAAUUGAAUCGCGUGUUUCUUUAACCUAUUACGCAGCUAAAUGCGCACAAAUAUAAGAAAAUAAAACAAAAAUUGUAUAAGCGCUGCGACGACUGUCCGUCAACGACGUCGACGUCUGCGUCUGGCCUAUCCACACAGAAGGUAGACGAGAAGAGCGCAGGGCAAGGGGUGCUGUUCUUGUUCAGAAAAAACGCGCGGCCGCCGCUCCGCUGGGCGCUCCAUUGCCGUGUCUCGCUCAGUUGUGCAGCGAGCGUCCGUGCCGUCGGUUGUGGUUACUUCUCUCUCUCUCUAUUUGUGUGUAGUUGUUGUUUUGCGCGCGUAAAUAUUGCUGCGUGUCCGCCCCGGCAGCUGCUGAAACGAGCAGGUAGCAGCGCCCACACAAAGAAGCGCAACCCAACAAACGUAAACGUUAAACACAACGUCGGUGUGCGGCAUGCAAAGCGCAUAAAUGCAAAAAGAUGAUGGAAACAUUGGAUCAACAACAAACGACGAGUACGCCUAACAUUGAGCCCCAUGCGGGCGAUACGGAAACGACACCGGCAGCCAGCGAAGAGGAUGACUUCGAGGAUAAUAUCGAAGCGUUCCAGCUGGAAACGAAGGAGAAAAGCAAAAGUCCCCAGUCGGAGCUGAAAAUGAAUAAUAUAAAUGAAGAGAAUAAUAUGAAAAAUAGCAAAGGUCUGGCGAUAGAGAAUGGACGAGCCAAAGAAGAACCUUCAGAACCGCAGGGAUUACAAAAUGACUCCGACGCCAAAAGUUUAGAUGAGCCGUUGGAGACGUCUUCCAUCAAAUGUACGAAAGUUGAGUCCGAGGAUAAAAAGAAGGUAGCUACAGAGGAUGCUGAGGAAGCUGCUGUUCCUGAAGAGACGCCGUCCGCAUCGCAAAUGCUAGUUCAAUCCGUGGAUGUCAAGCCUAAUAGCAAAAAGUCCGAAAUUGACAUAAAGACCGAUGAGGAGUGUUCUUUACAAACGAAUAAUAUCAAUAAUGUUGAGGAAUCCUCUUCGCCUGACGUCAAAAUUGUUGAGGAUUACGAAUCAGAAGAUGAAGAAAGGAAAGAUGAUGCAGCAAAUUGUUCACCUGCGAUCAAAAUCAGUGAGGAUUCUAUUUCACAGGAGGAGGAAAGAAGCGACAAAGUAGACAUUAAACUGAAAGCUAAAACUGCUAAUGAAGCUGUCUCCUCACCUGUAUGCAUCAGUCUUGAUACUAGCUCUCAAGAUGAGCAAAAGGUCGAUGAUGAAAUAUCCUCACCUGUGUUUGUAGUCGACUCACAGGAUGAGGAAGUUUUCUCACCCAUGGUUAAUAUGGUUGAUAAAACAUCUUCGCCAGCAAACACACAAGAAGAUGUGGUCAUAUCUUCAUCAUCUGAUUUAAGGAUAGUUGAAGAAAACGAUGUGCGUAGUCUCUCAGUAGACGAGGAAAGGAACGAAGAAGAUACAAUCGAUGAAAAUGGAUCAAAGGAACAGUCACAAACAUCUCCUGCAGCAGAAGCAUCUCCUACCGCAUCGCCAGUCUAUAAGAUCGCUGAUCUUUCACCUGCAAGCAUACCAGAUGACGAGGAAUCCUCAGAGGACUUUAAUACUGAAAUGAAAAUCGAUGAUGGCAGCUCAACGCAGCCCAAAAUUGAGGCGCAAACACCAAUGGAGAUCAUUAAGAUUGAGUCGGAUUCAGAUGUGGAAGAUGUUGUGAGUGUGGCAAAGGAUAAGAAGGCAACAGUCGAUCACAAUGAUAGGGAAAAGAUGCCCAUGGAGACUUCAAUCAAAAUGAAAAUCAAUGGAGCACACACAGCAAUGUUGCAGCAGCAAAUGGAAGUGGAGGAGUUGGAAGCUGAAGAGCAGGAGGAGGAGGAUAAGGAGUCUGUGAUAGCAAAUAAUGCUGGCAAUGAACUGGAACAAGUGCAAGAGGUGAACAAUUCUAGAUUAAGUAGCCGAAGCAGCUCUGUUAGCUCAACCUCACAGCAGCUGGUUAUAGAUCAUCCAGAGAGCGAGCAAACUAACAAACAGCAGCAGCAACAGUUGCUUCAGUUAAAAUUGCUGCAAGAACAACAGCAGCAGCAGCAACAACAACAAGUCGAGCAGCAGGAGGAAGUUGAGCAGGAGCAGCAAACGUUGCAUGCAACAAAGCGCAGGCGCAGCAACAGCAGCAACAAUGAAAUGGACAGUAAACAGCAGCGGAUUGAGGAUCAAUCCUCACUCUUAAUGCAACGUCUGCAGGCGCCAGCGUCCAAUUGUCAUGAAUUGGGAAAACUGCUCAGUUGUUACAAGUGCAAUGCGAAUAAUUUUGAAAACUUUCAGCAAUUAAAUGCGCACUACGCGCUCUGCGGCCAGCCGAGAGAGGAAACAGAAACAAAUGCAGCAACAGCAGCAACUGCAACAACAGCAGAAGAAUCAGUAGCAACUGUUGCCAGCAGCCAUAAUUCUCCAACAGCAGCAGCAGCUGGAGCAGAUCCAUCUGCCAACCCAAUUCCAGUUACCAUUAAAAAGGAGCGUUUCUUUCGCUGUGCACGUUGCAGCACUGUCCAUCAAUGUUGGAACUUUUUUCUGCAUAUGCGCGAGGUGCAUCAACGUUACAUUUGUUUGUACUGCUCCCAUGUGUUUGCCAGCGUGGAGAAGCUAUCGUUGCAUUUGGAAAACAAACACGAUAUGGAUCAGCUGCAUUUCAACGAUGUGGAAGCUUGGCAAUCGUUGCAAACUCUAGAGGAUCGGGCACGUUAUCUUGUCUGCUGCAAUUGUCAGGCUAGUUUCGAGCGUGGCUCCCAAUUUGAUGAUCAUGACUGUGCCGAGCUAAUGCAACCGUGUGCUUUAUGUGGCCAAAAGGUUGGACAUGCCAAUGGCUGUCGCAAUGGCAGUCGUAAGAAGAUUGCUGUGCGACGCAAGCGUAAAACGGCCAAGAGUAGGCAGCAGAUAACGCAGCUGGAGGAACAGGCAAAACAGCAAGAGGAGCUGCCCAACUGGUUGGACACGGAUGUGGUGCAAGGACAACAGCUGUCGGAGCCAGUGGCAUUGCACGAGAACAACAUUCCAGCGCCCAGCGAGGAUGCACCACAGGAGGUUGCAUUGCCCAAACUGGUGGUGCCCAAAAUAAUGCUACGUGUGCCCAAAGAGUUUCAGAAAUCUGUGGAUGCUGCGCUCAGUAGCACCGACACCGAGGAUGAGGACAUCGAUGAGAUGCCAACAGCGGCAACCGAUGAAUGCAAUUCAGCGCCGCUGCUUACAGUGGAUGCAGUGCAGCAACAGCAAGAACAACUGAUGUUACCCUCAUCAAAUCUAUCGGAGGACACGGAAACGGCCACCGAAACGGCAUCCACGUUUCUCGAAGCAACAACGAUGCUUGCCAACGUUUCAGCUGAAUUGGAGGAUUAUGAUUCGUCUACGGAUAAACUAACGCUUAUGGUAGCUGAACUUGAACGCACAAAGCGUCAUAUACAACGCACCAAGGCACACAUUUUGGCCAAACAGGAGCACCAGUUGCAGCAACAACAGCAGCAGCAAGAUCAGCAAGCGCCAUUUGGAGUUGCAAUGGAGCAACAGCAGCAGGAGGAGUUGCAGCAACAGGCACAGCAGCGACGUUGGUCACCAACGCCGCCAGCAUCGCCGCAUAACAAUCACAUAAAUGUAGAGAAGCAUGUGCCAAAGGAGCAGGAGGAGGAGCCAAAACAGAGAAUGCAGGAUGAACAGGAACAGAGGAUGCAGGAUGAACAGGAGUCAGCAGCACCUUUGGAAACAGAGGCAGGAUUAGAGACAGCAACUGCGCUGCAACGUCGCGAUUCGCUUGGCAGCGAGUGCAUGGAUAUCGAUGACAGCCUGAUGGUGGAGCAACAGCAACAGACGCAACCAGAGCAAUCCCUGUUGCCAGUGGCACCUCUGCCACCAGCCGAUGGCAUUGAGGUGGCCCAUGAGGAUACGCAUACCGUGGAUUUGCAACUGGAUCGACCACUGGAUAAAUUCGAGCUGGUUGAAUUUGUGCGUCUGUGCUUAAAGGCCGUCUAUCCAUUCUGCCUGUACUGCAAUCAUGCGCGUCGCAUUGCGGUGAAUGCCAAGCAGCUGGUGUUGCAUCUGAUUGGACAUCAUCGUUUCACAGCCACCGUGGACAGCAUAACAGCUGAGGAACUGCAUGCGGAGACAAUUGUGACCAGAUUAAAGAGCUAUCUGCCUGUCCUAGAGGGUGGUCAUUAUCUAAACUCGGCUAGCUGUUGCAGUUUGGAGGAUGGACGCUUUGCGCUCCCAUUCAAUGAGCGUAUCUAUGAGUGCUUCCAAUGCCGUUACGUGACUGCAACCCACAAGGAGCUCUACACGCACAAUCGACGAUUGCACGCCAAGGCGAUCAUCACAUGCUCCAUGUGCCGCAUCAACUUUUUCAGCUACAGUGAGUUGUUGUGUCACAUCUGUCCAGGUGUCACCACAUCCAACAUUUAUGAGGUGCAAUUUCGUUGCUGUUUGUGCGAGAAUUCGCCAACAUUGCCAUCGGCAUUCCGUUUGAUGGUGCAUCUGCGGAAACAACAUCAGACCUGUGAUAUUUGCCUCGAGGAUUGUCAAUCGCAGGCCAAGCUCUCAUCGCAUGUGUGGAAGCACAAGUUGUUGCAUUUGUGCUAUCGCUGUGGCAUUGCGUAUCGCAACAAGCAGGACAUAUCCAAGCAUCUGUUUUGGAAACAUGGCACUGAGAGCGCCGGCUGCAAACGAUGCCUCCAGAAACGUUGGCGUCACGUCUAUCACUUUUGCGUUCCUGCAACGCAGUUUACCUGCGAGCAUUGUCAGUUUAGUUUCAGUAAAGCCAUCUACCUGGAGGUCCAUAAGCGUCAGCAUGUCGGCGAUUUUCGUUAUGCCUGCACUGAGGAGCAGUGUGAGGAGAAAUUUGUAUCUCGUAAGUUGUUAUUGAAGCAUGCGGCACAGCACGAGGUCAAGGAACUGCCAGCUAAUGGCCUGGAGGCCAUAGAGGGAGCUCAAACGCCCCUGGACAAAGAGAAACGGAUGUCCAGAUCAGCCUCGGAGCAGCCAGAGAACAAGCGGCAUUCGGAGGAGGUCAAAAUCGAGGAGGAAGAGGAGGUGAAGCCGCAGGCAUCGGAUCAAGUAGAUGGACAGCAGGCAGUUGGAAAUAAGACGCCACAGCCAGGAGAGCAACAACAACAGCAGACGCAACGAAAGCGACGCAAGAAGUCCAAGCGCAACAAAGCAUCGCUGGAGGAUCUUAAUCUAAUAGCACCCAAUUUAUCCGAAUCGGAUAGCAGCGAUGACAGCGAUUCAGAUGCACCGCGCAGCACAGGAGCUCAACCGGAGACAGCGCACGUAACGCUGCCUAUGCGCUCCUCUGUCGAUGAUCUGGACAUGCCCAGGGUAAUGUUAUCUCCCGCAUCAGAGAGCGACAACGAGGAGCAACUGAAUGUAGACAAGGAUAAGGAAUUGCUGAAGCAACAGUCUGCAGAGUCAGACACCAAGCAGGAGCAGGAGCAACUAAAGAAGCAGCCAAAGGAGGAAGCUGCUGAUGAUGAGCAGAAGCCCAAACUGGAGGUGGGAGAGAGUCAAGAGUCGGCACAAGAGGUGGCAGACAUAUGGAAGAAUCUGUUACAACAUCAGCCAACCAUGGCUAAAACGGAAGUUCCAGAAGUCGUGCCAACGGAGCCCAGUGAAGAGCAGCUGCGUCCUAGUAAACUGCAUGUGGUCUGUUCCGAUCAUGAUUAUUGUAAAAUGCAACGAACACCGCCGCCAACACCCGCUCCCGUUCCCUCGCCCAAAAAGCUGUCGAGAUCCACGCCGAAUAAGGCGAAGCGGGGCAAUGCCUCCAGUGAUAGCGAUAGUUCCAGCAGCUCCAGUUCCAACUCAGACUCAGACAGUUCGAGUUGCUCGUGUGGCUCCAACUGCAGCUGCAGCUCCAGUGGCAGCAGCUCCAGCGACGAUGACUCUGACAAUGAAUCCAACAGCUCUGGAAUUGCCAAGAAAACGCAGAAGAAAUCAACUGAAUUACAAGAGUCGAACAACGCUGAGGAGGAUGUGAAUGUGACGAGCAUUAAUGAGGAGGAGCCACGUCCAGAGACGCCAACGCCGAAAGCACCGCUCUACAAUGAGUCGGACUUUGAUACGGCCGUCUCCGACACUGAUGAGGAAUUCUAUGAUGCCCAUCCGCAGAAAAUGGCCAAUGAGCUGCUGGCACAGAAGCGACUUGCAUUGAUCUCGGCCCAGGCGCAUGAACAGACGCCAGGUGAGAGCCGCAACUAUGAUAUUGUGGAGAAUAGUCGACCAUCGACGCCAUCGCUGCCGGAGGAGGCAGCUGCGUUUGCGGAUAAGCGAGAGCGUGUCAGUAAAAAUAAGAAAAAGAAACGUGAACGUAAAUCCACAUGCAAAUCAACGAGUCAAGGGAAAUUGCAAUUAACAAUGUCGCCAAUGGAGCCACAACAGUUCCAACAACAACAACAGCAACAACAGUUGUUGCCUCAUCUCUCGUCCCAGUUGCUGAAUAGCUACAACAAUUCUCCGGCUUUAGCUGCAGGUGCUUCAGCAGCACCAUUCCAACUGACAGAUUCUGCACUCACGAUGACUCCAUUGACGCAUCGACCUGGUUGGCAACCGAGGAUGAGCGAAGGCAGCAGCUGUUCGGAUGCCGAUGGCCAGUUGAAGCGCUCGAAGCGCACAAGGCGUCCAAAUAAAUUCUAUGGCUAUACGAGCGAUGAUGAGAAUAUGAGCAGUGUGCUUGCGCCGCCUUUGCAGGUGGGAAUGCAGUUAAUAAAGCCACAGCCGCCGCCACAGCUCACCUGGGCCAAGGAGGAUCUGCCGACGCCGCCCAAGCAGCCCAGAAGUCGGAAUAAUCACAGUGAACACCAUUCAAAUCAUCAGCAUUCACAUCAGCAUAGCAAUAGCAAUGGCAGCACGCGUAAGCGCAACAAACGGACUCCGCUGAGCGGAGGCUCCGGCAGUGCCAAGCGUUCGGCAAAACGUGUCAAGCAGCAGCAACAGCAGCAGCCGGCAAUGCAACUAGAGCAGCCACCACCACAGCAUCAACCACAGCAGCUGCAGCAACAACAUCAUCAUCACCAGCUAAUGCCUCCCAUACCCACGCUCAAGAUUCGACCUGCAUUAUUGCCAGCCAGCGUUGCGGCCAGUGACAGCAGCGAUAGCAGCUCGGAUGAGGACGAGAAUGCCGAGAUUAAUGUGACCAGUCUGUUGCCAUUGAUUGCAUCGCCGCCUAUAAUUCAUCCAGUUCCACCGCCACCACCUGCACUACCUGCAUCUUUGCCAGCACCGCCACCACCGCCGCCAGCAACGAAAGCCUUCAAUCAACCCAUACCGCCAGCUUUGCUGCCUAAUCCAGAUUUUGCCACAUUGCAAUACUUCAAGGCGAACAAUAUACGUUAUCCCAUAAGGCCGCCGGCAGGUGCACGUUUGGCCAGGGAGGGAGAAUCCGUAUAUUGCUAUUGCCGCUGUCCCUACGACGAGGUGUCCGAGAUGAUUGCCUGCGAUGGAGACAACUGUCUCAUCGAGUGGUUUCACUUUGAGUGUGUUGGCAUUAUGGUGGCGCCUCAGGGCAAAUGGUUUUGUGCCGAGUGCCGACCCAAAUACUCCGAGGGUCUCUAUAUGGGGGUCAAGUGAAAUUCAAAUUCAAACUGUGUACAUAGUUCUAGAUUUUAGUUUAAGCUUUAUAAAUGACUUAUCCUAAAUAAUAUCCACAACAACAAGAAAUUUAUCUUUAACAUUAACAACAAAAACCCCCACUACAGAAUGGAUUACGCUUAUUAAAUGUUAAAUAUUCGAUGUCUAAAUCUUCGAAUCAACAACACAAAAAAAUCUAUAAACAACAAAAAAAUACAAAAACUUAAAUCUUAAGAAAAUCAAAAAAAAUAAAUAUAUAUAUAUAUGAAAAUAUUGAUGUAAAUGUAAAUCCAGGCUCAAUGGUAUAAUUCUGCGACUUGGCUGCGGUAUAAAAUAAGCUAAUCUUUAGUUAAGAUAACAAUUACACUUAUAUAUAAAUACAUAUACAAAUAUCGUAUAUACAUACUAUAUGAUUUAAAAAUAUAUAUAUAAAUAUAUUUUUUGUAAAUAUGUGAGAGUUGCAUAUAUAUGUAUAAAUAUAUAUAAAACAUAUACAUAUAUAUUCACUUGUACAAUACUUAGUUCAUGGCAAGAUCUAUAUAAACGUUUAGACUUAACUUUAACCCAGCAUCAUUAGGUCUAAAUAUGGUAAUGAUAAACUUUAAUGACUAUCCUUAGCUAUAUUCUAAAAAACAAACAACCAGAAAAAAAAAACAUAAACGUCAAAAUCUAAUGCAAAUGAGAUGCGAGAAAUAAACAUUCAUUAAGUGAACCAUUUA